AUGCCGACCACAACGAUGGUCCGUAAAUAUGGAAAGCCCGUCAAGAAGACCAGGGCAGAGCGACUCUUUGCCGAGCUGCCAAAGAGUCCAACCAAAAAAAUGGACCUGCCCCGGGAGCCACAACCACAACCGGCAUUGGAAAAUAUGCCAGAUAAGUCGCCCGUUGAAAGAGACCGAGACCCACCAGACGAAGUCGCUUCGCCACCACAGCAACCGGUACGCCAAGUGCAUGAUGAAGCUUACCUAGCGUCAUAUGAGUUGCAGCCGCCAGAGACAAAUAGCCAACAUAUCGACGAAGAGGACGGAGUGGAAGAGAAAGAGGAGGAGGAGGAGGAAAACGACGAAUCUCAAGCGCUGCAGAUACUAACGUGGGCCGACGUCUGCCCCUUUGGCGACCGGAUCGAGAAGAUCGCCGAGGCAUCGUACGCCGAGGUGUACAGGAUCACCAACGAGAGGGGGACGAGCAUCAUCAAGGCCGUGCGGCUCGAGUCGCCCAUCAAGCCACAGACCAAGACGCAGGAGAGGUCGGGCCUGGUGGACGAGGAGCCGCACUCCGAGGACGACCUGCGCGGCGAGCUGAGGAUCUCGGAGUGGCUCGCCGACGUCCCCGGCUUCGUCGUCUACAAGGAGCGGUUUGUGGUGAGGGGGAAGGCCCCCAAGGCGCUGCUCGAGACGCACCAGGUCUUCCACCGCAAGCUCAAGAGAAAAGACCCAGACCGCCUCCAGUUCUACCCGUCGCCAAGCCGGUACCUGGACGACACGCGGUUUUUGGUCGUCGAGCUUGGGGACGCCGGCGUGGCGCUUGAAGACUUUGAGCUAGAGUCGGCCAGCCAGUUGUGGGACAUUUUUCUACACACGGCUAUUGCGCUAGCGAGGGCGGAGGAUCUAAUCAAGUUAGAGCACCGCGACUUGCAUGAAGGGAACCUGUGCAUCCGGCAAGCCAGACCUCGCAAGGCCAAAACGGACGACGGCGGCCAGUGCCAGUUCGGCUGCUCGGGGCUCGAAAUCACCAUCCUGGACUACGGCCUGUCACGCGCCCAGGACCCAGACUGCGGCCCCGGGCAGGCCGCCGAGUCGUCAUCAGUGGCUUACGACCUGGAAAAGGACCUGGGAAUCUUCACGAGCACGCACGCGCCGCAGUGCAAGGUGUACAGACAGAUGCGGUCCUUUUUGCUGAAGGGGGACCGUGUGCACCUGGCCCCCAACCAGCACCACACGGCGUACGCGGCGGGCGUCGACGGCCGGCCGCUCAGCUGGGAGGGCCACCACCCGUACACCAACGUGCUGUGGCUGGCCUACAUCUACCAGUACCUGGCGCGGCACUUCAAGGGGGACAAGCGGGAGCUGGCGCGGUUCAGGCGCGAGACCAAGCAGUUACUGGACCACCUCGACCCCGAGGCGCCACGCCACAUCCUCUCGUUCCCCAGCGCCGCCGACGUGGUGCGGUUCGCCGCCGAGGCCGGCUGGAUCACGCAGGACCAGUUGAUGGGCACCGACAGGGACAGGAGUAGGCUAGAGGCGGCCGACGAGAGUCUGGACGACCUCGGGAGCGUGGCCGCCUUCAGCGAGAGCAUCAUCGAGGUCAGGGCGGCUGAGGCGGGUGCGGCGGACCAUCUGCGGCGGUCGCCCCGCAAGUCCCAAAUCACGCAGAUGGCCGAUGUGGCUAAGUGA